UAACAUUUAAAGCUGAUAGCAACCGAAGUCUCGCUUCUUCCUGGAUGCUUCCCUAGAAUAACAGUCCAAACACAGUGAUUUGGAUUAGGCCUGGGAACAAAUGCCAGUUUACCAGGCGAGGCACGAAAUACAGUGAAAUGAACCGCUACACUUUUGUAACCUCUGUACAGUGACGACCUCGCAAAAAUUUGACUUGCAAAUGGAUAGAGAAUCAGAAGAGAGAAAGAUUCUUGAAAAACUGGGGACUUGUUUAAACAUUUCAGUUGAUGAGACAGAGAAGCAGAAUGUAUUUGCUGACCAAUUAAGUUGCAAAACAACUUCGUGCAUGCUAUCCACGGUGGAUAGUGAUGUUUCGGGAGCCGAUGGUAAUGUUGAGAAGCCACAAUUAGAUAAUAGUGCUAAUGAUCAAGAGUUAGCAGAAGAACAUUUCUUUGAAUGCAAAGAAUCACUUGAGACUGAUGGAUUUGCAGACGUGGAAGAAGAUGAGACAAAUGGGGAACAAGAGAAUGAUUCUGAAAUAAAGGAAACCAAGAAGCUUGAAUUUGAUGAAGAAUAUUUGCGAGAAUUGGAAAAAGAUCUGCCUGAAGAAGAGAAAAAGCGAAGAGAAAUUGAGAGUUUGACGCUAAAAGAAGUCGGCAAUGGGCAAUUUAAAAAAGCAGAGUAUCCAGAGGCUGAGAGCUCAUACACAGAAGCUCUUGGUAUUUGCCCGGCCUGCAACCAGAAGGAUAGAUCUAUUCUCUAUUCCAAUAGAGCUGCUGCUAGAAUUAAACUGGAUAAUACAGAAGAUGCCAUAUCUGAUUGUACCAAAGCUAUUGAAUUAAAUCCCUGUUAUAUGCGUGCUAUACUGAGGAGGGCAGAGGUGUAUGAGAAAACAGAAAAACUUGAUGAAGCUCUACAGGAUUAUAAAACUAUUGUAGAGAAAGAUCCAUCAAUAGUUCAAGCCAGAGAAGCCUGCAUGCGGUUACCGCAGCAAAUUGAAGAAAGAAAUGAGAAGAUGAAAGAAGAGAUGCUAGGCAAGCUGAAAGAUCUUGGCAACAUGGUUCUGCGACCUUUUGGCCUGUCCACUGACAACUUCCUGUUAAACAAGGAUACAAACUCCGGCUCAUACUCUGUCAACUUUGUGCAAAACCCAAAUAACAAUAAUAGAUAAUGCUUAUUACUGGUAAUAGCUCAGUCUAAGGGUGUGCAUGGAACAAAAUUUAGUUGUUAAAUUAUAAAAUACUGCUUUUCUAUUCUCCCAGCAAACAGAUUUGUUCCAAUUAUUGCUGCAUUUUUGCAGGUACUUGUAUAGUUUUAAGACACUUGAUUUGAGCUGCUCUUUGGAAGUAAAGGCAACAGUUGCAGCUCUAAGAUAUAUUUGUCGUUAAAUUUGGAUGUAUUAAACAAAGUAUGGCGUUUGGAAACAAAUUUCUUCAUUUUCGUUAAAUGCAGAUGAAAAUCACCAUGUAACACAGGGUAGAUUUUUGUUUGAGAUCUGCAAACAACUGAUGAGAUGUCUAGUUAUAUACUGUUGAUCAUGUUGAAUAACUCCUUGUUUUAAACUUCCUUGUUUUCUGUGAACUUAAAAAAUAAAGUUAGAAUAUACUUUCAUGAUUCAGAGAACUUACUGGAAAUAAAAUAUUAAAGCUGUACUUCAUUUUGA